UGGGUCACACCUUCAGUUAUAAAAGCUGGCUGCACACCACAGUAAAAACUCCCAUUGAUGUGAAUAGCACACACAUGCAAGCGCUUCUGCAGCACAGCAGUGAUUUGUGUUUGGAUGACAGCCAGUGGCUGAUUGUCGCUGGAACGGGGCGGGCAAGCAAGUGGCGAUGGAACUGGGGAAGACUAACGCCGUAAAAGGCCAGUGUCCAGGUACGCCGCAACAAGGCGCCACGGUCAGCUUCCAUGACAUUCACUACAAGGUGACGCAGGCCGGAGGAUGUUUGUGCUGGAGGAAGAAGAGCACCACCAAAGAUAUCCUCAUUGACCUCAAUGGGAUCAUGAAGCCGGGGCUCAAUGCCAUCAUGGGAGCCACCGGAAGUGGCAAGUCGUCGUUCCUGGACGUUUUAGCUGCUAGGAAGGACCCAGCAGGCCUGUCAGGUGAAGUCCUCAUCGACGGCGCCCAUCAACCGCCCAAUUUUAAAUGUCUGUCAGGAUAUGUGGUGCAGGAUGACGUGGUAAUGGGAACCUUGACAGUCAGACAGAACUUCAGCUUCUCUGCGGCGCUCCGUCUACCGUCCAGUGUUUCUCAGGCCGUCAAGGAGCAGAAAGUGGUGCAACUGAUCCAGGAACUCGGACUGACCCGCGUUGCCGACUCCAGGGUUGGCACCCAGCUGAUUCGCGGCAUCUCCGGGGGAGAGCGGAAGCGCACCAACAUUGGCAUGGAGCUCAUCAUCGACCCGCCCGUUCUCUUCCUGGAUGAACCCACUACCGGGCUGGAUGCCAGCACCGCCAACUCUGUGCUGAAGCUGCUCAAAAGGAUUGCCAACAGUGGGCGCACUAUCAUCCUUUCCAUUCAUCAGCCUCGCUAUUCCAUCUACCGCCUCUUUGACAGCCUCACGCUGCUAGUCAACGGCAAACAGGUGUACCACGGUCUGGCAGAGAGCGCCCUGAACUACUUUUCAGAAAUCGGAUACACCUGUGAGCCUCACAACAACCCUGCAGACUUCUUCCUGGACGUCAUCAACGGGGACUCCACCGCUAUCGGCAUCAGCAGUACGGACGGAGAAGAAUUGGACUCAGUGUUGAAGUCCAGGCAGGGAAUCGAGGACAAACUGGUGGAGGAAUAUAGAAACUGUCAUGACUUUAAACAGACCAAAGCAGAGUUGGAGAGAAUCAUUCAAGGUAAGAAGUCAAGCUGCUCCGCUCCCUCUAGAGCAAUCACCUACAAUACCAGCUUCCUGACACAGUUCCGCUGGGUUCUUAAGAGGACGUUCCAAAACCUCCUGCUCAACCCGCAGACCUCCAUCGCUCAGGUUGCAGUUACGUUGUUCCUUGCUCUGGUUGUUGGAGCCAUUUUCUUCAACGUCCAGGAAGAUCAGAGUGGGAUCCAAAACAGAUUCGGCGCACUCUUCUUCAUCACCGUCAACCAGUGUUUCAGCUCCUUGUCGUCGGCCGAGCUCUUCAUUUUGGAGAGGAAACUCUUCAUUCAUGAGUACAUAAGCGGCUACUACCGUGUGUCGGUCUACUUCCUGUCCAAGAUGCUCUCCGACAUCCUCACAUUGAGGACCAUCCCCACAAUUGUGUUCAGCUGUGUGGCCUACUUCAUGAUUGGUCUGAAGCCCACGCCAGAGGCGUUCUUCCUCUUUAUGUUCACCGUAAUUCUGGUGGCCUACACCGCCACCGCCAUGGCACUGGCCAUCUCUGCCGACCAGACAGUGGUGGCCAUCGCCAACAUCUUCAUGACCAUCGCCUGCGUCUUCAUGAUGAUCUUCGCAGGCUUGCUGGUCAAUCUUACCACCAUCGUCAGCUGGCUGGCUUGGUUGAAAUACUUGAGUAUACCACGCUAUGGCCUUGGUGCUCUGCAAGUGAACGAGUUCUACGGGCUGGACUUCUGCCGCGGCCUCAACAGCAGCAGUCGUCCGCCAGGGAUAAUUUGCAGGGGGCAGGACUUCUUGGAGGAGCAGGGCGUGGAAUACUCCACUUGGGGCUUCUGGCAGAACCACGUGGCCCUCGGGGUCAUGACCGUGUGCUUCCUCGCCAUCGCUUACCUCAAACUGCGCUUCAUCAGGAAGUUCACCUAGACCGGCUGGGCCACAGCUGAACACAAAACCAGAUAUUGGAACGAUGGCACUGACUUCCGGCAAAGCGCGUGGACGCCACCAAAGUCCGUGCGGAGUAAGCAAAUGGCGACUAACUCAUGGCUCUUUUUGCUCACAACAUUAAAAUGCACAACUUUCACAUGUACUCAUUUAAUUGAUUAUAUUUCUCGAUAUAUAUAUAUUUUUUAUUCAUUUACUUGUUCUAUUUUUUUAACUAUUUUUUUGUUUUAUUAUUCAUUAUAGUUGAUUUAGUUGUAUCAUUUUGAUUUAUUUUAUUUCUAUCUCAUUUUACAUAUGUUGAUAUAUUGUGCUUUACAAAUAUACAUAUUUAAUAUAUCUUUAAUUGAUUAGAAUUUUUAUCAUUACUUGCUUUCAAGUAUUUAACACUGCACUUAAAUAUAGGAAAAUAAAAAAAAACUGUACUUUAAUAAUGCUUCAAUUAAAAUAUACUGCACAUAAAUGUUCAAUUGAAAUUGUACCUUAUAAAUGUUUAAAAACAAACAGUUCUUAAAGAACACCGCGAAAUAAAGGCACAGGCAACGCAAUGUAGGUUAGCAAAUAUAUUUAAAUAUAAUAUUUAUAUUCAUUUUAGCACAAUGACAAAAUGGCAUUAUUACAUUUUGACUUGAAAUCAUGACAACAAGCAGCAACUUCACACUCGGCGGAAUAAAACACUUUGUUGGGGGAAAAAAAACCAACAACAACAAAAAAAAACAAAAAACAAUCCGGAAUGACUUCCCUCAACGACUUUAAUGGCUUCAUGCAAACUCCUGAAGCACGGACACUCACUUUCUCUUUCUCUCGCUCUUCGUUCGGAAGCCACGGUGUGCCACGCUGUACCGACACGCUUACAUUAAUACACUUUUUGUCAACGUUCGGGAAAGAAAAGGUCUUGUCACAGCACUGCCAGUUAGUCGAACAUCAGGGCACGCAGGUAAAAACAACAAUUAUAUUGGCUGGAAAUAAAUUAAUCAUAACAAAUGAACACAGUGGUUUAUAUUGAAAAUACAUAUUUACAUAUUCAAGAAAAUGAAAAACAAACAGUCUUUAAGCACAAAUGACUUCACUAAAUAUCUGCCUCUCUGUUUUGUUGUGUUUCCUAACUUGAUAUGUACUUGCGAUGGAAAUCAAUAUUGGACAUCAUUUUGUCUUUGAUAUGUUGUUCUGCUAUGUGCCUUAUUGACGUCUGGCUCUCAGUUACCAUGGCGACCGAGCGGGAAGCUGCGAGGCGACGCGAGGCCGCCACCGCGAAAAAGCAAAACAGCUUGCGCACAUUGGCACCGAGCGCACGAACGAGCACACGGAUAACAAAAAGAAGGAGUCAGCCGGUCAUAAAAUCACACUCACUCAGGUUCCAAUUUUCAAAAAGAAGGAACAAAAAAGUAGCAACGACAGCCUGCGAUCAUGCUGGAACGCAACAGGGGAAUGCCGAGAAACGCCUUCGCCCAUCCAGUGUGGAAGCGCCGCCGGCAUAAGUGCAUGUUUGUUACUACUCACGGCGAGGGGGCCAACUCGCUUGACGCGCACCGACGACAUUGACCUUUGACCGCAAACACAUGGCAAAUCGGCCGCGGCAAAGCGAAGUGAAGUGGCGUUUGCAAGUGUGAGUCCUCUCGAUAAAGUCUCUUUACAAUUCGUUUAGUACAAAAGCAAAUGGUUAGACGAAGUUUUUGGAAAUAACUACAAAACGAGAAAGUUAAAUUCCUAUAGAAAUUGCGAGGUGAAUUGAUGCAAACGGAAUCAAAUGUUAAAUGUGAGCCCGAAAAAAAAAAAAAAAGCAGAAAUUUUGAAUAUUGUAGGAUUUUGGUCAUGAAAAAUGCACAGUGCUGAAAAAUGCGGGAAUGUGGUCAACAUGUGAAAUAUUUGAAAAUGUGGAAUUUUUGCGAAUGAAUAAGCUGCUGAACAGUUUUAAGGUGGAAUGGUUUGAAACAUCUGCAUUUAUUUUUGUAUGUUGUCAUUAAAAAUGGAAUCAAGAUG